AUGGCGCCGUCGGCCAUGGGCCAGAUGGACGUGAUCUCUCGAAUCGACUGGGCCUACUGCCACGCGAACAGAAGCUUACCAGGAGGCGUGGCGGCGCCGUCGCAACGACGGAUGCCGCCGGCGGCCACGACACGCGCAGAUUCAAACGACGAGUCUCUGCAGAGAUACAAGCAGUCCCUCGGCUUCGGCCAGGGCAAGGACCUCUCGGACCCCAACGACCCCCGCGUCUGCAUCAUCCAGAGCCUGACCAUGGAGGCCCCCGGCCGCGACCCCGUCACCAUCGACCUUAGCGUCGCCGGCAGCGAGAAGACGCUCAAGGACAAGCCCUUCAAGAUCAAGGAGGGCGCCAAGUUCACCAUGGUGGCCACCUUCAAGGUGCAGCACGAGAUCCUGAGCGGCCUCCACUACGUCCAGGUCGUCAAGCGCAAGGGCAUCAAGGUCAGCAAGGACAGCGAGAUGAUUGGCAGCUUCAUACCAAACACGGAAAAGCAGCCGCUCUACACCAAGAAAUUCCACGAGGAGGAGGCGCCGUCGGGCAUGCUUGCGCGCGGCCACUACCACGCCAUUUCCAGUUUCGUCGACGACGACAAGAAGAAGCACCUCGAGUUUGAGUGGAGCUUCGACAUCGCCAAGGACUGGUGA